AUGCUUAUACAAAGGAUCUGGCAGCUUGAUCUGGCAUGGGAUGAAACCGUGCUCAUGGACCUGCAUACGGCAUGGACGAAGUUCGAGUCUCAGUUAAGUUUGAUUAGCGAACUCAAGGUGCCACGUUAUGUAGCCUGCAGAGACGCAGUCAGCAUUCAAAUCCAUGGGUUUUCUGAUGCAAGCGAGAAGGCGCGAUUACCUUAUCACGACUGGAGUUGUGAUAUAGUACUGUUGGCACAACUAAUAGACAAAAUCUUGAGGACAAUACGUUUCAAACCAGAAUCGGUGUACUAUUGGACCGAUUCCAUGAUAGUGAUACACUGGAUAAAGGCUACAGACAAGAGUUGGAAUGCUUUCAUCGCCAAUAGGGUCAGUGAAAUCGAUUAUCUCAAACAAGCAGUUGGUUCCACGUUGCUACAGAAUGCAACCCAGCUGACCACGUUUCCAGAGGUUCUCUUCCGUCGACCUUGA